AUGCCUCAAAGAGUCAACUUAAGAGAAUCGCCAGCGUUGUACAAGGCGUUGAAAUCAUACAACAUCGUUGCGAUGUUUAUGUAUGGGGCUAUAUUAGCAAGAUUAUUCAUAUUAUUACCCUUGGUUGGUAGAAAGUUUUUAGCUGGUGGGAUUGGUGAUUUCUUCAAUAAAGUCAUGACUGGGAUUUGUGUUGGUGAGGUGGUGCUAAGUUUGUUCAAGCUUUUGCCUAUUCAAUUACCUUUGAUCAUAUUGCAAAAUUGGAUAAAGCUAUUUAUAGUUUGGGGCAUCUUGAAUAGAGAUGAAAAGAUAUUGAACCAUAGUUGUUAUUCUUUAUUGAUUUUCUGCUGGGGUGUUUAUGGAUUCAUUGGUUAUAUUUAUUGGUUUUGGAAAUUGAAAAACAUUGGAAGAGUGCCAAAAAAAUUGAGAUCAUUGUUUGAAAAUUUACAAUUGAUUAUAUUCCCAAUUGCUAGUAGUGUGGAAUUUAUUACAAUUUUCCUAAGUUUGAAAUAUUUCAGUGAAGAUGAUAAGAAUUUGAAAUUAUUCACACAAGUUGUUUUAUUAGGUUACAUUCCAACUAAAUUUUAUCUUUACAAGAGAUUAAUUUUCAAAAUUUUCAAAAUUGAAACAGGUAAAGAAGAUUAA